AUGUAUCCGUUAUGCAAAACAAGUUUGCCGGCAUCGCAUCGACACGUGUUGGACAACAAAACCAUUCUUGUUAUUGGCGACGAACAGAUCAGUUGGACUUGGAUUCGGACCACCUUGAAGAAUUAUGGCAUCAAACUCGUCCUGGUUCAAUCCAAACCCAAUACUUUUUCUUCAGAAGAUGUAUAUUCAUACAUCAAGUAUGAUUUUACUGAGCAUCGACAGGACGAAGUCCACGCCGAGAGAAUAAUUGAUAAAUUGUCAGAUGCUGAUCUCUCCAUCGACGGGUGUUGUACAUUCACUGAUAUAUGUGGACCCAUUGCUGCUUUUGUAUGCGAGAAACUGAAGCUGACCGGAGGUGUUGGCGUAACGGGAGCAACGAAUGCUUGGAAGAAAAAUUCAACACACAUUUACUUGCAGAAACAAACUGAUGGCGUUCAUCAUUUCCCGAGAACGAAUAAGUACACCGGCAGGGUUGCUAAGUUUAUAUGCAAGGUUACGUUAAGCUCUGCCAUUUGGACUGUUGGAUUCCCUGCUAUAUGUAAGCCAGAGCAUGGGGCAGACGGGGAUGGAGUGGUGCUGAUUCGGGAUGAAGAGGGAUGGCACCAUUUGAACAAGACCCUUGACACUUUGCUUGAUGAUGGGAAUCCAAUGAUGUUGAUGGAAUAUUUCGAUGGCACUGAACACGAUAUCGAGGUUAUUAUUUAUCAAGGGGAGAUACUUGCCGCCCUUGUUUCAGACAAUGGUCCUACAAGACCAGGGUCCUUUAUGGAAACAUCGAUGUCCAUGCCAUCCGGUCUCCCACAACCGUUAGUGUCACAGCUCGGGACAGCGGCAUCCCACUGUUGUAUUGACAUCGGACUGCGUAACGUUGUUUUUAACGUAGAAAUGAAGCUGACGUCAACAGGCCCAGGGCUGCUUGAGAUCAACGGACGGAUGGGUGGGGAUUAUAUACGAAACUGGAUAUACCUCUGUUACAGAAUCGAUCUGCUUUGGUUUCCAGUGUCUCCUCCUAAUAUCACCAUGUGA